AUGCAACAACCGCCGCCUCCCGGACCCGGCACUCCUCCGAUCGGCCCUCAACGAGGCACAUUUCCAACCUUCAACACCCGACACCAUCCCUACCCUCCUCCACCCCAUCAUGGGCCUCCACAACACACGCCCCCUCCUCCUCCGCAGUACAUGCACGCCAACGGAUACCCGUAUCCGAUACAGUACCCGCCACACAUGUAUCCGCUGCCGUACGAGGUGAUGAGCAUGCCUCCCGGAGCACCUUACAUGCCUCACUACGGCCUACCACAGCCAGUGUGGAUGUACCCAUCACCACAUCAGCCGGUACCGGUAGUUCCUCCGGUGCCGCCGCCCAUGCCCGCGGCCACACCCGGAUCGGGCCACUUCAUCACUGGAUGGAAGCUCGACACGCUAGGACUGACUCAAAGCGAAAUCGCCCACAUGAUCACAUACUCAUCGGAAACGGAGGGCGUGCGUAACCUGCGCAAGGACAACCUGACGCCCAGCAACAACUGGACCUGCAUAUUUUACAACGAGGACGAAACCGGCCAGUACACGCUGCCCCGGCAGACCGCCAACAACCUCAAACACGACCUGGACAUUGUCAUCGAGAGGUUCCAGCGCGGCCUGAACAACACAAUGGAGGAGUCGUACGUGUUUCACAACGGCCAGCUCAAACUCGACGCGCAAAAGGGCUUUUUCUCGUCCCAUUGGCCCGACACAGUGCCCAGUUUCGCGACCAAAGACCUCGUGGGCAAGUCGGUGUUCACUCUCAGCACCUCGUCUCGAGCAAAAGACUGGUGGAACUUCCAGCUGCAGGGAGACUACGAGUACAUUACACACACCUUUUGUGGACGUCACUCUGCCGCUCUCUUUGUGUCUACUACCCCAGGAGAACAGGCUCUUACUGUCUACUGGGUUAUGAUUAACGGACAACCGUGCCACAUCAAUGGAGCCACAGACUGGUUCUGGUUCCAACCCAAGAAGUUUCUGCCCGAGGAGCGUUCCGAGGACAAAGUCAAGCUCCUCCUCACUGGCGACCCCUCCAGAAAUCUCUUUCUUCUCGCGUCUUACAGCGACGAUGUGCAUUAUAUUUACCUGAUUUCACGUGAUCCCAACUCCAAGACGGAUCGGGGCAACGUCACAUUGAUUCAGGUCAUCUCCAACAUCACGCGUGCUUCCCCAUUGUCUGCGCCCAACGUGGAUUCAGACGAGUGGUGCGAGUUUGAGAUCUACACGUUUGCUAGCCGCAUGGCAUUGUAUUCAAACGGCCGUCUGGCGGUCUUUGAUGUCCAGCUGCGUCCUGACGGGCACAUUUGGUCUCGAGUGGAUCUCUCCAAGGUGGGUGGUAUUGGCCGAAAGUCUCCCCCGCGUCAACUGGGUCGAUAUCUCAUUUUCGACCAUGUUGGUGCGCUCGAUAUGGUGACAUUUAGAUACAGGGAGUUUGAGGAAGGCUUCUGUGAUGGUAAAUUUGUGAUCUGGAGUAUACGAGACGAAAAGCUGGUGGCCUCGGUAUUGGACUCGAUCGACAAGGAAGGAAACGUGACUGGACAGCUCCAGGAGGUGUUUGACGUGAGUGUGGUGCAGCCCAGUAACGCCGAGUGGCUUAGAGACAGCCAUACGACGCUGGAUGUGGGUUCCCAGAGCGGAGACAUGCGAAGAACCGCUGCCAUUAAGCAGAUGAAUCUCAUGUACGGUCCCGAAGUGGAGGUGAUUGAAAUUUCGUGA